GCCGCUCCGCAGUGGCUCCCUUCCGCUCCGCCGGCUUCCGCUGUGUGGCAGUGCCGCUGGUGGUGAGCGACGCCGCGCUGUUCGCGCAGCAGAAGGAGGCGUUCGAGCGGGAGGGCAAGGUGGUGCCGGAUGAGGUCAUGGCGCAGCUGAGGGCCAACUUCACGUUGCCUAACCAGGACGAGGGCUUCCACGAGGUGCUGUACCCGGGGCUGGAGCUGAUGCGGGCGGUGGCGGGGGUCAACAAGCAGCGCAAGGAGGCCAGGGCGUGGCUGGAGUACUUCCAACCCGCCAAGCAACGCCGACGCCGCAUGCAAGGCGGCGACGAGCCGACGGGGGAUGACGUGGAUAUGGAGGAGGCGGACGCGCAGACGGGCCCGGCCACUGACCCACGGGUCACAGCGACGCACCCAGACGGCAAUGGCCACCCCACGGAGGCGGUUCCCAUUCACGCCACGCCUGCAGCAGCCCCUCCUCCCGUCCCAACACCAGCAGGAGCUGGUCCCCGCAGCGGCAGUGGCACCGCACCCCCUCUCCCAACGGGGCCCACGGGUAGCGGCCCUGCGCCCCAUCAACCUUCAGCUGCUACUACAGUCAGUGCCGCGGCGGCGGCGCCGGCCGCGACGGGUACGACAGCUGCCGCCAGCCACCCCACCAGCGGUGUCCACGCUGUUACGGGUGCGGGCCCGGCGGCCCCAUCUGCCUCACGGCCUGCGGACCAGUCGGUAACGGUUGACGUGGCAGCGGUGGGGGCUGCAGCGCCUGCCUCGCCGCUGCCGCCCCUUCCCCCAGAUGACGCAACCCCGCCUCCUCCCGAGCUGCUUCAGCCGCCGCCGCCUCCACCGCCAGCACACCCGCAACCACAUCCUCGACGUGAGACCCGGAGCUCGUAUGAGCAGCAAGGUCUCGGGCAAGACAGUGGGACGACUGGGUUGCUGUCGCGACCGCUGGUGGUGCAACCGCCUUCAUUUCGGCCGCAACCGCCGCAGCCCCCGCAGCAGCAGCAGCAGCCCCCAGUGCACCCGGUCGGGCUAUGGCCGCAGCGGCCCGACGUUGCCGGGCAGGGACAGGAGCAUGGGGCACCCAUGUUUCAGCCGCAGAUGCAGGGGCCGUCAUUGCAGGGGCCGCCAUUGCAGGGGCCGUCAUUGCAUGGGCAGAUGCAGUCCUCAAUGCAUAUGCAGCCGCAGCAGCCGCCACAGCAGCAGGGGCAGCAGCUCCAACGACAGCAGGGCCCAGGCCCGGGGCAGCUGCAAAUGCCGCCGAGCUUCCAACCGUCACAACAAAUGCAAGUGCCGUUCCAGCAACAGACGCAGCAGCACAGCCCACGAGGACAAAUGCAGGCGCAAGGAUCUGGGCAGCCAAUGUUGCAGCAGCGCUUCAGCGGGGACGGUCGGGGAGGCCCAGCCUUUUGCCCCAUGCCGGACAGUCUCGUGGAUCCGGGAAGCAUGGGCCCUCCCGGAAGACGGGAUGGCGCUGGUGCCAUGGCCGGGUUCGGACCAGGUCCGGGACUGGCUUUCGGUCCUGGCCAGGGGCCGGGGCUCGGUGGGAUGGUGCAAGCAGGUCAAGGACAGAUGGGGCCUGGCGGCAUGCCGCACGGCAUGGGCAUGCAGGGCUUUGGGGGUCCAAACGGCAUGGCUGGAGCACGGCCCCCGGGGGGAGGCAUAGGUGUUGGCGUACCAGGAAAUAUGAUGGGAGGGGGAAUGCAACCCCCGGGCGGCGGCAUUGGCACUGGUAUGGGUAUGGGGAUGACGGGGCUAGGCAUGGGGCCCGUGAUCGGUAUGAGCGGCGGCGGCAUGCCUGCCAUGAACGUGCCUGGGGGAAUGGGAAUGGGCCCUGGAAUGGGGAUGCUCAGUAUGGGAGAUGAAAUAGGCGGCAUGGGUUCCGUACGAGGUAUGCUACCCCAAGGUGUGCAGCAGCCAAAUCCGAUGAGCCUUGCUAUGCAAAUGAUGCAACGAAUGCAAAUGCACGCUUUCCAACCCCCGGGUAUGGGGUGAAACAUACCACAUGAGACAUGUGUGGUGGUACUCUCGUACGCGG